AUGAUUGCUCGUGUGGUGUCAGCAACCUGGAGACUUUCAUCUCAUUUCAAAGGCCCAAGGUUAAGGACCACUUCUCAUGUUUCUCUCCCGACGUUUGGAAGAAGUUUGUCCAACGUCUUUGAGCCACUACCAAAACAGGAGCUGGUGACGAAAUUCAAGUCGAGGCUAAGAGGAAGGCAGUUCCUUCCGGGCUCCUCGGGUUCGGACUUCCCAGAAUUCCUUGGAGAGCCAACAGAUUCAUUCCCACUCGGCAUUGCAGUCAAAAAUCCAAACGGCUCCUCACUGGCUGAUCUUACUGCAAAAUGCAUGGAAUUUGCGGAAGAAACUUUCUCUCGUAGCCCUGCUAUAUUAUUCCGAGGUCUUCCUGCUAAGUCUGCAGAAGACUUUUCUGUAAUCGCUGGGGCGAUCCCGUAUAAGACCGCGGCGUAUGGAGGCAUUGGACAUCGCUCUCAAGUAGACAAAGCUGCAGGAACAUAUACUGCUAGUGAGAGGCCACCAAAUUAUACAAUAGAGUUGCACAACGAAUUAGCCUAUAGUGAAAACUUUCCAUCCAAGGUAUUAAUUUUGAGCUCAUUCCAGUGGUAGGCUUUAGAAAGAGAUUGGUAAUUAGAGUUUUAAAUCUUGUUCAAGCGCAAAGGACAGAGAAAAGCAGUUUGGCGCGCUGCGCGAUGAUUAAAAAACUCCAUUUUUCUUCCCUUGUUUGCUGAGCCUGGCUUGCAGAUGUGAACAAGGAUCUGGGGUUGCAUAACACCAACUGGCAUGGAUUGUCCCCGUUUUUCUAGUUGACAAACUCGCAUUUAGCAUUUAAACCCUGCGAAAACAAACAUCUUUGUUUUGUUUUGUUUUUUUUUUAAACUUUUAAUUUAUACAAUUCAGACGAUUUGGCGUUCCCUGCAACUGAAUGGGAUUAGGGUUAUGGGUCAGAGGCUCCAAUUCCUUUUUUUCCCGGAUUUUCCCUCUCCGCUAUAAAACACGCACGUUGAAAACGAGCGGUCUUAACUUAAUUUUUUAAAGUGAUAACGAAGACUUGGUAUUUAAAAUAAGACGGUUUUAAAUUAGAAAGGCAACGUCAAAGAGACCAUGUGGUAACUCGUGGCUAAGCGCGCAUACACAUAUAAUGUCUCUGUUUUAGACACAGCGUUUCUCGGUAUGAGCAGUAAAAUGACUUGAAAACGACGGUACGAAGGGGAAACAAUUUGUCUGUGGGGGCGAAACGCCAAUUUCAGAUUUAUCCUGGUAAGUCUAGACGAGGUUUGACUGCCAACAGUCUCUUUUCAGACAUGCAAGAGAGCAAGCCGUCAUGUCGAGGCUGGCAGUAGCGAACGAGCAGCGGAAGUGCCGGCCCUCUUGUCUCUUUACCCAGACGUUUCCCUCAUUACGAGUUUUGGGUGCAAAUGAAGGCAGGACUGCGCUCCUCUACUCACGCUGACGGACGCUCCACUCCUUUCCAGUGAUUCGCCUCGUCUCACGUGAUCUUUAGUAGCGGUUUUUGAUCCAACCUUGUUCCCAGGGUCCUCUCCUCCUCGACUCUGGGAACGAGGUUGUUUUUGAUUCUCUUUGAGAGACGCACGUCAACCAGAAGUGGACUAUUUGCACUCUUGGGCCGUUGUUUGUCCAUUGAAUUUACCAGCAAAACGUCUUCACCCGUCUUCUUACGAAAAAGACACCUGGCAAUACAAAUUUAGUUCCGCCAAGACACAUUUUUAGGAAAAAGACUUGACGUACGUCGCUCUAAACCGCCUCUCCGCGGUAGCCUGCAAGCAAGCUCUCCCGUGGAGCUGGGGUGUAGGGGAGGGAAGAGGGGAAGGACUACAAGUUACCCUCCUUUUUCGCCCUGCCGCCAGAGCGCCCAGGAGAGAUUUCUCGCAGGCUACUGCGCAGUACCCCGAGGACGAAGCCAGAGAAAGGACCAAUCCAUAUUAUAUCCCCAUUUUAGUCUUGCGAUUCGCUAUAAUCUUCAAAGCAUGGACUGUCAAGUGUAACGUUGCAAUUUGUAUUUCUUAGGUGUACCUAUUCUGUGUGAAGGAGCCUGCCGAUGGCUGCGGUGGCGAGACGCCUAUAAUGAAAAACAAUGACCUUCAAUCACGUCUGGAUCCUGAUAUCAUAAGAAAACUAGACGAAAAACACAUCAAGUACGAAAGAUACAUGCCUUCCACACGACACAGGAACUAUAUAUCGUGGCAAGAUGGUUUUAUGACAAACGAUAGAAAGGUAACGGCGCUAUACGCUGUAUUGAUUGCUAGAGUUCGGCUCUUUGUUUUAAUUUUAUCUCGGUAAGGAGGGUGGUCAGAAAUUACACUACCUAAUAUUGGCUUAAAAAUAGCAAAGACUAAUUCCGCUGACCAAAAUACAUGUUCAAUUUUAUUAUGCCUAUCUCAGUUGGUUGGAUACAACCAUGCAUAUCAGCUUUUUACUUCUUUCGGGCUGUUUACAUAGAGGGAUGAAUAUCCUUGCUGUCUACCCAGCACUCAACCUUUCCCCAGGCCACUGACAGGGAAUCACGUAAUGGUUCGUCAGGAAACAGGGCAAAUUUCAUUCACAUUUUGAGACUCGAUUUAGCUCCUAGUCAUUGUCCUUCCGUUUACUAAAAUUUGGGCGUCAAAAAAUGACUAGCAGCUCGUUCCCACUUAGGAACUAGCACUUGAGAAUGGGAUGUGGGGAAUGCCAGCAAGGUACAAUGCUGUUUUUGAUUCAGUUCUUUCUUACUCUUCUAGGAAGUGGAAGAUAUAGCUAAACAACAAGGCAACGAUAUCCACUGGGAUGAGAACGGAGAUUUGUAUUUGUCGCUAAUCCGACCUGCUUUCAUACCGCACCCUGUGACUGGAGAAAAAUACUGGUUCAAUCUAGUUACAGGGCACCACAAUUCGUGCGUGGAUUCGAUGCCAACAUUUAACGACACCGACAUCUUGGACGGGAAAUGGCCGUACCACAGUUAUUACGGCGACGGAAGCGAGAUCGAACCACAGGUGAUACAGCAUAUAAGAGCACAAUCUUGGGCAUGCGCCGUUGGAUUCAAGUGGAAAUGCGGUGAUUUGUUGGUGAUCGAUAACGUUGCUGCCCAACAUGGAAGAAUUGGAUUUUCCGGUGAAAGGAAGAUGCUGGCAUAUCUGACCGCUUAAAUCAAAGGACUUCAAAUCUUCUUUUUUAAAUUGUAACUGGUAGAAAUCCGUAUGGAAAACAAUAGAGAACCUCAGGAGAAUACUGUAUUAAUUCUGUUAAUUAACUGGAGCAUAGUAAACAACUUUGUUACGUAUGAAAUCAAUUUCUUGUUAAAAGGUUUCCUAAUUACAUGAAAUUUUGGCGACACUUUAAUUUAACGAAUUUCGCUCAAUUAAAAUGCACCAAAAUUAAGUGUCGCUAAAUUUAAAUCGUACAUUUUUUUAAAUGAAAUUCCGCCAUCUGGUCAGAAUGUUAAUGGAUGUGUUUUUUAAGGGCUUUAACAGCUCAGAAGAGCUCGGGGAAACUCACCA